CUGUGCGGUUGUCAGGAGCAACCAAAGAAUGCAGACUAACAGCCCUGCUGGAGUCAGGAUUAAACAAGGACUGACUGCCUUGCAAGCCAGCCAUGGGUCAGGAUUAUUACUCUGUGCUUCAGAUCACUCGCAAUUCAGAGGAUGCCCAGAUCAAGAAGGCGUACCGGAAACUGGCCCUUAAGAACCACCCGCUGAAGUCCAGUGAGCCAUCCUCAGCGGAGACAUUCAGGCAAAUAGCAGAGGCCUAUGAUGUGCUGAGCGACCCUGUGAAGAGAGGCAUCUAUGACAAAUUUGGAGAGGAGGGCCUAAAGGGCGGGAUUCCUCUGGAGUUUGGAUCCCAGACCCCAUGGACCACUGGUUACGUCUUCCACGGCAACCCUGAUAAGGUUUUCCAUGAGUUCUUCGGAGGAGACAACCCCUUUGGUGAGUUUUUUGAUGUAGAAGGAAGUGAGGUAGAUUUGAACUUUGGGGGUCUCCGAGGCCGAGGGGUCAAGAAACAGGACCCCCCAAUCGAACGAGACCUCUACCUAUCUCUGGAGGACUUAUUCUUUGGCUGCACCAAGAAAAUUAAGAUCUCCCGAAGGGUGCUGAACGAGGAUGGGUACUCCUCUACCAUCAAGGACAAGAUUCUCACAAUUGAUGUGAAACCUGGUUGGAGGCAGGGCACACGGAUCACCUUUGAGAAGGAAGGGGACCAGGGCCCCAACAUUAUCCCAGCCGACAUCAUCUUCAUUGUAAAGGAGAAGCUACACCCUCGCUUCCGCAGGGAGAACGACAACCUCCUUUUUGUGAAUCCCAUUCCCUUGGGCAAGGCUCUGACCUGCUGCACCGUGGAGGUGAAGACCUUGGAUGAUCGUCUGCUCAACAUCCCCAUCAAUGACAUUAUCCAUCCCAAGUACUUCAAGAAGGUGCCAGGUGAGGGGAUGCCACUGCCUGAGGACCCCACUAAGAAAGGGGAUCUCUUCAUCUUCUUCGACAUCCAGUUCCCCACCCGCCUCACACCCCAAAAGAAGCAGAUGCUGCGCCAGGCAUUGCUGACAUAACUCUGGUGAGCUGAGGGCUGGAGCAGAGGAGAGGAGGAGAAGGCCAGCUGGGCCUUAUCCCAUUCCUGUCCCAGGAUGUGCAGGUGAGCCAGCCCACUGCACAGAUGUGACAUGAGGAUGGGACAGCCUGGGGUUUUUAAACUGACACAAUAAAGAUUUCCUAUCUUCCAACUGUA